UUGACCCAAGAAAAAGAAAAAAAAACCCAAAAUCAAAAGAAAAGAACAUACACGUUAAGCAAACAAUUCAAGAAAACAAAAACAAAAACAAAAACAAAAGGUUUUGCUUUAACAGCAAAGAGGUCCACAAAUACAAAAAUAGAAAUAAAGAGAAGAAAAAAAAAAAAAAGAGAGAGAGGCUUAUUCUCUUCUUCAAUAAAAGUUUUGCAUUUUGUUGAAGGGUUUAAGCUUCUCAAUUUCUUAUUUGUUUAUUUUUUCUUCAUAAGUUAGAUUUGUUUCCAUUUCUUCAAAGAUUCUUUUGUAUUCUUGUUGAUUUAUUAGUGUAAGUCGAUUCUAAGUUGUACCCACGAAGGAAAAGACAAUUUUUUUUUUUGGGUUCUUGAAUUUGAAUGGUUUUUGAUAGUGAAGGUUGUAGAAGUAGAUCCAAGAGCAAAAACCCAAGUUUCUGAUCUGGUCAAACUUUGAUAAAAUGGCUGCUGCUGUCACUCUGGUUGUUGGAUCUCUUGUUUGGUUGGAAGAUCCCGAUGUAGCUUGGAUCGAUGGUGAAGUUGUGGAGAUGAAGGGUGAUAACAUUAAGGUCCUCUGCACAUCAGGAAAGACGGUGGUUGUUAAAGCUUCCAAUAUAUAUCCUAAAGAUGCUGAAGCUCCACCUUGCGGAGUUGAUGACAUGACAAAGCUGGCUUAUUUGCAUGAACCUGGAGUCUUGCAGAAUUUAAGAUCAAGAUAUGAUAUGAAUGAAAUUUAUACUUACACAGGAAAUAUAUUAAUUGCUGUAAAUCCGUUCAGAAAGUUGCCGCAUCUCUAUGAUAGUCAUAUGAUGGCACAAUAUAAAGGAGCGGCCUUUGGUGAGCUGAGUCCACAUCCCUUUGCUGUUGCAGAUGCUGCAUACAGGUUAAUGAUCAAUGAGGGAAUAAGUCAAUCAAUUUUAGUUAGCGGUGAGAGUGGAGCUGGUAAAACGGAAAGCACAAAAUUGCUUAUGCGUUAUCUUGCAUACAUGGGAGGGAGAGCUGUUGCCGAGGGGAGAACUGUUGAACAGCAAGUCCUGGAGUCCAAUCCUGUUUUAGAAGCAUUUGGAAAUGCCAAGACUGUUAGAAACAAUAACUCGAGUCGUUUUGGUAAGUUCGUGGAGAUUCAGUUUGAUCAGAUGGGAAGGAUUUCAGGAGCUGCUAUCAGAACUUAUUUGCUAGAAAGAUCACGUGUUUGUCAGGUUUCUGAUCCUGAGAGAAAUUAUCACUGCUUCUACAUGCUUUGUGCUGCACCGCAAGAGGAUGUUCAAAGGUACAAAUUGGGAAACCCAAGGACAUUUCAUUAUCUAAAUCAAUCCAAUUGCUAUGAAUUGGAUGGUAUUGAUGAUUCUAAGGAAUAUAUUGCAACAAGGAGGGCAAUGGAUAUUGUUGGAAUAAGUUCUGAUGAGCAGGAUGCCAUAUUUCGAGUUGUGGCUGCAGUCCUCCAUCUUGGGAAUAUUGAAUUUGCAAAAGGAAAGGAGACAGACUCAUCUAUGCCUAAAGAUGAAAAAUCUCGGUUUCAUCUAAGAACUGCUGCUGAGCUUUUAAUGUGUGAUGUGAAGGCGUUAGAAGACUCUCUCUGCAAACGUGUGAUUGUAACUCGUGACGAAACCAUUACAAAGUGGCUGGAUCCAGAAUCUGCUGUUCUUAGUAGAGAUGCAUUGGCUAAAAUUGUAUACUCGAGGUUGUUUGAUUGGAUUGUGGAUAAGAUUAAUAAUUCAAUUGGUCAAGACCCUGAUUCAAAGUCCUUAAUUGGCGUGCUGGAUAUUUAUGGAUUUGAGAGUUUCAAAACAAACAGUUUUGAGCAAUUUUGCAUCAACUUGACCAAUGAAAAACUUCAGCAACAUUUCAAUCAGCAUGUAUUCAAAAUGGAGCAAGAAGAAUAUACAAAAGAAGAGAUUGAUUGGAGCUACAUUGAUUUUGUUGAUAAUCAAGAUGUUCUGGAUCUCAUUGAAAAGAAACCUGGUGGCAUAAUUGCUCUACUGGAUGAAGCUUGUAUGUUUCCAAGAUCAACACAUGAAACUUUUGCACAAAAGUUGUACCAGACAUUUAAAAAUCAUAAACGGUUCAGCAAGCCAAAAUUAGCUAGAAGUGACUUCACAAUUUGCCAUUAUGCUGGUGAUGUCACUUAUCAAACUGAACUGUUUCUGGACAAGAACAAGGACUAUGUUGUUGCUGAACAUCAGGCACUCUUAAGUGCUUCUACAUGUUCCUUUGUUUCAGGAUUGUUUCCGCUUUCAGCUGAAGAAUCCUCCAAACAGUCAAAGUUCUCUUCAAUAGGUUCUCGGUUUAAGCAACAACUGCAAUCAUUGCUUGAAACUCUCAGUGCAACUGAGCCACAUUACAUUCGCUGUGUAAAGCCUAACAAUCUUCUUAAGCCAGCCAUCUUUGAGAAUAAAAACAUUCUUCAACAACUACGAUGUGGGGGAGUCAUGGAAGCAAUUAGGAUUAGUUGUGCUGGAUACCCUACUCGAAAACCUUUUGAUGAAUUUGUUGACCGAUUUAGUAUCCUUGCCCCAGAAGUAUUGGAUGGCAGUUCUGAUGAAAUUACUGCUUGCAAGAGGCUCCUGGAGAAAGUGGGACUUGAAGGCUAUCAGAUUGGUAAAACAAAGGUAUUCCUUAGGGCUGGUCAAAUGGCAGACUUGGAUACUCGUAGAAGUGAGGUGUUGGGGAGAUCAGCAAGCAUUAUUCAAAGGAAAGUGCGAUCUUACUUGUCUCGUAGAAGUUUCAUCAUGCUCCGUCGGGCUGCAAUACAUAUUCAAGCAUCGUGCAGAGGACAACUUGCUCGUCAAGUUUACGAGAACAUGCUUAGGGAGGCUGCUUCUCUAAGGAUCCAGACGUAUUUGAGGAUGUAUGUUGCUAGGAAAGCUUAUAUAGAAUUGUAUUGCUCUGCUAUUUCUAUUCAAACGUGUAUGCGUGGGAUGGCUGCUCGGGAUGAGUUACGCUUCAGGAGGCGGACUAGAGCAGCAAUUGUAAUUCAGAGCCAUUGUCGCAAAUACUUGGCCCGGUUGCAUUUUAUGGAGCUAAAGAAAGCAACAAUUACAGCACAAUGUGCGUGGAGAGGAAGAGUUGCUCGUAAAGAACUACGGACACUUAAGAUGGCUGCAAGGGAAACUGGUGCUCUUCAAGCUGCUAAAAACAAAUUGGAAAAGCAAGUUGAAGAAUUGACAUGGAGACUUCAGCUGGAGAAACGCAUGAGGGCUGAUUUGGAAGAAGCUAAAACACAAGAAAAUUCUAAACUGCAAUCUGCUUUACAAGAAAUGCAACUUCAGUUCAAAGAAACUAAAGAAAUGCUAGUAAAGGAACGGGAGGCUGCCAAAACGGCUAAAGAGAUUAUCCCUGUUAUACAGGAGGUUCCUGUAGUUGACAAUGCAAUGCUAGAGAAGCUUACCACAGAAAAUGAGAAACUAAAGGCCAUGGUUAGUUCGCUGGAAAAGAAAAUUGAUGAAACAGAGAAGAAGUUUGAAGAGACGAGCAAAAUAAGUGAAGAAAGAUUGAAGCAAGCUUUGGAGGCAGAAUCAAAAAUAGUUGAACUGAAGACUGCUAUGCAUAGGCUUGAAGAAAAAUUUACUGAUAUGGAAACUGAGAACCAAAUUCUCCGGCAGCAAUCUUUGCUCCAGACACCUGUUAAGAAGACAUCAGAUCGUCCUCCUAUUCCAGCAGUGCCGAACUUGGAAAAUGGUCACCAUGUGAAUGAGGAGCACAGAGCCAGUGAACCACAGACACCUGUAAAAGUGUUUGGCACAGAGUCAGAUAGCAAGUUCAGGAGAUCCCAUAUUGAACGUCAACAUGAGAACAUUGAUGCUCUCAUCAAUUGUGUAAUGCACAACAUCGGGUUUAGUCAUGGGAAGCCUGUUGCAGCAUUUACCAUAUACAAAUGUCUUCUCCACUGGAAGUCCUUUGAAGCUGAAAAGACUAGUGUUUUUGAUCGUCUCAUUCAAAUGAUUGGUUCUGCAAUCGAGAAUGAAGAUAACAAUGAUCAUAUGGCUUACUGGUUGUCAAAUACAUCUACUUUGUUGUUUUUGCUGCAAAAAAGUCUAAAGGCAGCUGGUGCUGGUGGAGCAACACCAAAUAAGAAGCCAUCAUCUGCAGCAUCCUUGUUUGGGAGGAUGGCCAUGGGUUUUCGCUCUUCACCCUCCUCUUCCAACCUUGCUGCUGCACUAGCAGUAGUGCGCCAAGUAGAAGCCAAGUACCCAGCCUUGCUUUUCAAGCAGCAGCUUGCGGCAUAUGUUGAGAAAAUUUAUGGAAUCAUUAGAGAUAACUUGAAGAAGGAAUUGUCUUCUUUGCUUUCAUUAUGCAUCCAGGCGCCCAGGACAUCUAAAGGAAGUGCACUAAGAUCUGGGAGGUCCUUUGGUAAAGAUUCUCCUUCUAGUCAUUGGCAGAGCAUAAUUGAUAGUCUCAACAUUCUCCUGAGCACCUUGAAACAAAACUUUGUGCCUCCCGUUCUUAUCCAGAAGAUCUAUACUCAAACUUUCUCAUACAUCAAUGUACAAUUAUUCAAUAGUCUUCUUUUGCGUCGUGAGUGUUGUACAUUUAGCAAUGGUGAAUAUGUGAAAGCCGGAUUAGCUGAAUUAGAGCUAUGGUGCUGCCAAGCAAAAGAAGAGUAUGCAGGCGCAUCUUGGGAUGAACUAAAGCACAUUAGACAGGCUGUUGGGUUUUUGGUUAUACAUCAGAAAUAUAGAAUAUCCUAUGAUGAAAUCACCAAUGAUCUGUGCCCUAUCCUGAGCGUGCAGCAGCUCUACAGAAUUUGUACACUGUAUUGGGAUGACAACUAUAAUACUCGAAGUGUUUCUCCUAGUGUCAUUUCUAGCAUGAGGAUACUUAUGACAGAAGACUCCAGUGAUGCUGUGAGCAGUUCCUUUUUGUUAGAUGACAAUUCUGGCAUCCCGUUCUCUGUUGAGGACCUUUCUAAUUCAUUGCAAGAGAGAGAUUUCGUGGAUGUUCAACCAGCAGAAGAACUUCUUGGGAACCCAGCCUUCGAAUUUUUGCACGAGUGAGGCUAAGGAAGCCCAAGCUUCUCAUCCUUUUUGUUUGAAGUAGGCAUCUAUCAGUCUGGUUAGUGAUAUGGUGGUUGUAAAGUUCUUUCUUUCUUUUUUUUUUUUUUUUCCCUCUUUACAUAUUCUUUUUCUUCAUGUAAAAUCUUUUAUUAAUUUAUUAAUUUUUUCUUUUUCUUGAGAUUCAAAUUUGUAAAAUCCAUCCUUGCGAGGCGCAAGGAGGUUUCUUGCUGUCGGGUUCAGUUGAGUGCAUUCUUUAGUGAAAUCUAUAUUUGGUAGUUGCUGUGGUUUUUGUUUGCCAUAAUUGGGCAGCAAAUGUUAUAGGGGAGUUUAGAAAAAGACUCUGCAUAGCUUCAUUGUUAUAUCUGUGGUUGAGGCAUUGCUCUCUCCACCCAAUUUUCAUUGUAUAAAGAAACAAAUCAUGAAACAUUAUUAUUACAAAUAUAUAUGGGAAUUCUUACUUUGUUUUUA